GGAGAAUGCGGACGGGAGGGGCGGAGUUCACUGCAUUUACUUUUCAAAGCUCCUCUGGCUCAGGCAGAAGAAGCUUCUUCUUUGUCCGAAAAACAGCGGAGUUGGCGUGGAUGCGUCUUGGCAUGUGAUCCCACUUAGGUUAAAUCAGUCGUCUUACUACUGCAGCCUCCAGUGAAACUUUUCAUGCGGUUGCCCGUCCAACGGACAGUACCUGGCAGGUUUGUCUGGACCGUGUUUGCUUCUGCUCUCUUGUCCGCUGCGCUCCGGUUCUCCACCCUCGGCUCCCCAGGUUUAGAAGGACUCACGCGGCCAGUGGAGCAGGCCUGGGUCUCCCGCACGCAUGGAGGGAGACGUUAUGGACAAGGUGGAAGCCACGGCGACGGUCUGUGACUUCGACCCCAUCAGCGGGAGCAUCCCAGCCACCAAAGUGGAGAUCACCGUUUCCUGCAGGAAUCUAUUGGACAGAGACACUUUCUCCAAAUCGGACCCAUUGGUUGUGUUAUAUACCCAGGGAGUGGAAUCCAAACAAUGGAGAGAGUUUGGGAGAACAGAGGUGAUAGACAACACACUAAACCCAGACUUUGUCAGGAAGUACAUCCUGGACUACUUCUUUGAGGAGAAGCAGAACCUGCGCUUUGACGUAUAUGAUAUUGAUUCAAAAAGUCCAGAUCUGGCCAAACAUCCCACCGACUUUAACGACUUCCUGGGACAGGUCUUUUGUACGCUGGGGGAGAUUGUGGGCUCACCUGCCAGCCGCUUGGAGAAACCUCUAGCUGGCAUACCUGGGAAGACAUGUGGGACCAUUAUCCUGUCUGCUGAGGAGCUGGGAAACUGCAGAGAUUAUGCCACCAUGCAGUUCUGUGCCAACAAAUUGGAUAAAAAGGACUUCUUUGGAAAGUCAGACCCCUUCAUGGUCUUCUAUAGAAGUAAUGAAGAUGGCACGUUCACCAUCUGUCACAAGACUGAAGUGGUGAAAAACACUCUGAACCCUGUGUGGCAGCCCUUCUCCAUUCCCGUCAGAGCACUCUGCAAUGGAGACUAUGACAGGGCCAUAAAGGCUGAAGUAUAUGACUGGGACAGAGAUGGGAGCCACGAUUUCAUUGGGGAAUUCACUACCAGCUACAAAGAGCUCUGUAGGGGUCCAAGCCAGUUAAAUGCGUAUGAGGUGGUGAAUGCCAAGAAGAAACUAAAGAAAAAGAGAUACAUCAACUCUGGGACAGUGUCCUUGUUGUCAUUCAACGUGGAGUCUGAGCACACCUUCCUGGAUUACAUCAAGGGAGGAACUCAGAUUCACUUCACAGUGGCCAUUGAUUUCACUGCAUCAAACGGAAAUCCAUCUCAGUCCACUUCACUACACUACAUGAACCCCUAUCAGAUGAAUGCUUAUGCCAUGGCCCUGAAGGCUGUUGGGGAAAUCAUCCAGGACUAUGACAGUGAUAAGAUGUUUCCAGCCCUGGGAUUUGGCGCUAAGCUGCCUCCUGAUGGGCGGGUUUCCCAUGAGUUUCCACUGAAUGGCAACAUCGAGAACCCCUACUGUAACGGCAUGGAGGGGAUUCUUGAAGCAUACCAUCAAAGCCUUAAGACGGUUCAGCUGUAUGGACCCACCAACUUUGCCCCUGUUGUUAAUCAUGUGGCAAGGUAUGCAGCAGCAGUGCAGGAUGGAUCUCAAUACUUUGUCCUUCUUAUCAUCACUGAUGGAGUAAUAUCAGACAUGGCUCAGACCAAGGAGGCCAUAGUGAAUGCAGCUAAACUCCCCAUGUCCAUCAUCAUUGUUGGAGUUGGUCAAGCUGAAUUUGAUGCAAUGGUUGAGCUGGAUGGUGACGACGUCAGAAUCUCCUCACGGGGGAAGUUGGCAGAGAGAGACAUUGUACAGUUUGUACCAUUCAGAGACUACAUGGACCGCACAGGUAACCAUGUGCUGAGCAUGGCACGGCUGGCUAAAGAUGUACUUGCUGAGAUCCCUGACCAGCUGAUCUCCUACAUGAAGAGCAGAGCCAUUAAACCCAACCCCGUUCCUCCAGCUUACUCAACCUGUGACCAACAUGAAACUAACCCUGUCUGAGCCUCUCCGCAACACCGGUCUGUUUUGAAUGCUACAGGGAGCCAUUUACUGUUCUUUGAGGAGAAAAAGGAAGUGCUUUCUGGGCCCCUUCUCUAAAUGAAUAUAACUCCAGUUAAACAAACAGGUAAUGAGACUCCAUUUGGUUUGGAGCAGUGAGACAAUUGCAGAUGAAGCUGCUUGUGAUCAGGGAGCAUUUUGAGUGCUUGAAGCUAUAAGCACUGAGAGCUGACUGGUGUAAAGAGAGGUUUUAGUUGUUCGCUGUCAAAUUUGUCAAAAUGUGAUGUAACGGAUAGCAAGUAAACCCGUAGAGAGGGCCUGUUUGCAGGCAUAAUAUGUUAGGAUGUGGCAGUGUGUAUCAUGUUCGUGAUACCUUCUGGAAGUGAUGUGUGUUAAACUAGGAAAUCUUGUGCAUAUUAAUUUAUAUGUUUAUUUAUUGCAGAAAUAAUUUAUUCCUUUUAAAAGGGGUUUUAAAGGGUGGGGACUGAAGUCAAAAUCAUAUAUACCCUGUAGUUUUCCAUCUUAUAUUUUUUGUCCAGUGUAAGAAAAACAAUCCCCAUUUCUACUUUGAUAAAGAAUAUGAUAUAAGAGCAUGUGAAACCUAAUAAGCAGUUCAUGGAUCAUUUUCACUUAAUGAAAUUUUUGUUACAUGCUGUAAUGUAGAUAAUCACCAUGCAACUUUUUCUGCACCAUGUCUUAUAUGUAUUUCUAAGAUUUAUAGUAACAGAAUGCACUAAUUACUCUCCAAAUAUAAGCACAAAUGUUGUAAUAUUAAUAAGCUUAAAAACUGCUAUUUUAGAAAAACCCAACCACAAUGAAAAUAAUGGAAAGGACUGCACAUUGUUUUCAACAUGACUUUGACCUCUUCUUCUCCCAAAAUUCUAAUGAGAUUUAUUAAACAAUUAAGUCAACAGAUAGUUACCCGUAAAAUAGCACAUUUACAUGAAAAAUAAAUGGUAAUUUAAAGGACAUUGUGAUAUUCCCUGUUAGUAUGCAAGGACGUAAAUGGUACUUUAGAGAUUCUGCCAUAGCCCCGUGGUCAUCCUGCUGCUUAUGUUCCUUUCCAUUGUAUUUGUUGUGGUUGCAUUUCAUUAUUUUUUUAUAAUGACCCUUCAGAUAUUUUUGUUCAACACUGAUGUUAACCUUCACUUACUUUUCCCCUCCUUGAAUUGAUUUGUUUGUUUUCCCAAAGUGAAGAUAAUUGGGUUCCGAGUGCUUUUUCUUUUCUUUUUUCUUUAUUUAUUUGUUAACUACUGAGUGGAGAAAACUGAACCGUCUUAAGUCUACCUUUAUUUUCAGUCUGGGUCUCGUGUAUUUUGUCGAUUGUUGUGUCUAAUUAUAUUUGUCUCUAAUUAACAUUGAAAUUAAUUUAAAGUGAUAUACAAGAGCUCAUAACUUUAUAAAUUACUAUCUAAUUUGUUAAGACACAAUUACAAAAUGUAGCUUUUACAAUUAAAUGCUUUCUAGUUGGCGACACACACACACAUUUGUUCAUGGCUUCUUAUUUUAGUGACUGUGCAUACAUUUUUGGACAUGCUACAUAAUCUCUACAUUACUCUCAGAAAUCAAUUUUUCUCAGUCACUCAGUAUCUUGAUCCAAAUGUGCCUAUUGUAUUGAAACAUAUCCAAAUUCACUGACCCAGGUGUCACUCCGCAUGCAGCAGCAUCUCAUGUUUAACAUGUACAUGCAAAAAUGUUGGAGAUGUUUCCAGAUUAGGACUAUUGCAGCCACAAGAGCUGAAACACAUUGUCUCCACUACUGGUCUGUACUCUUUAUAUUUACAUGUCCUCUUGAACAAUCUUUGAGGUUGUGAAAGUUGACAUAAUCACUGAGCCUUGUUGUAUAAUAUUCAAAGUCAAAACUUGUUUACAAUUCAACUGUGGCUAUCACCUCAAGGACAAGGUUAACACUCACGGGUUUUAUUAAGAGAUCAUUCUGUUUUUGAUGUGUUUUGUUUGUGCAUUAUUUUGUACUUAAAUGGAUUUUCACUGAAUGACACUGGAAAACCAAUGUUUACACAGAUAUGUGCUGUUCAAGAACAUGAGUCUCUUUUGUGUUUGGAGCAAAUGUGUUUACGUAAUGAUUUUUGUGAGCUGUUCGUUGCUCUUUGACUCCCGCUACUGUAAGUGCUCUCAGAGAGAAGAAAGGGUCUGAUGGGUGUGCAGAAACUCAGUCCAGAGGCACUGAACUCAUCUUGUCACAAGCCCAGAAUCUUAUUUGGCUUUUUUCUUUUUAAAAUUUUCAUGACUGAUGACAUUUCCCUCACAAGAAAAAGCAGAGUUUAUUCUGCUACCAAAGUCGCUGGUUCAUCUGAACUGAAAG